CAAUAAACAUAGACAUUGGGCCAUCUUUGUAUUCACAACGGGCGGCGCUGUGCCCCCAUCGACAUCUUACAAGAGAUGGGACAUCUCGGUCUCUUUCCAGUCUCGAUUCUAUUGAUGAUGAAGCCGUGGAAUCGACCGUUUUCUCCGUCGCCGAAAGCUUGAACCCCACCCAUUGGUCACCCUAAUGGGCCUCCGUCUCGGCUAGCUUUUCGGGAGGCACGCCGCCAUAUUCGUGCGGGUUUAUUCGCCAAGGCUUACGAAGCGGUCGCGCGUCGCCCAUGCGCUUUAGCUUGGGUGAGAUAUAUGCAUGUAUCCAUUCUCAGCUCCGAGCCCAACCGAGUUGGAUGGUACUAGAUGCCUGGGGCUGCGUCGGCUCAGCUCUGCACCUAAGCCCGAUUCGGAUCUUAGAUCCAGGCAGCAGCCUUUGAACCAACACCGCGGCUGAAGGGGUUGAAGAAGGUGCAGCCCUUGAGAGGUCAAGCAUGUCCAAGGAAGACGACAGUUUUUGCAAGACUGGGGUUGGCUAGGAUACAAACCAUGUCUGUGCCGCCAGUCGAGCAUUCGAACCGGCUUCCACCGCCGUUUGCCACCAUCGAAUGUCCGCUAGAUCUUCCAGCCGAUGCACCUUUCUCGGUUAUCAAGGAGUCAUGCUACAUCUGGUAUGGCUGCUUUGACACCGAGUCUCUUGCCCAGUCGGCCGCCGCCUUCACCGCCGCCAACACGACUUCCGGAAACUCGGGAGAGACGACGGCGGAUCCGCUGCCGGCCCUCAAGCAAGCCGUCGCCCGCUUUCUCGACGCAGCAGCCCGAGACGCCGUCGCCAUCGCCGAUCCCGCAGCCCGCCCGGCCGUGACGCGGGCGUGCUGGCUGACGGUGCGCUUGUUCAAGCCAACCGACGAGUUUGCGACGCCCCGCUAGCACCGCGACGGCGUCAUGUUCGACUGCUCCUGCCCGGGCCACGGCGCGGUCCCACCAGCCAGCGACCAUGACCCGUCGUCGGCCGCGCCCGCGCAGACAACGGCGCGACACCACGCCAAGUACGCGGUGACGCUCCUCGGCCCGCCGACGCGGCUGAUGCAGCCCGGGGCGCUUGUGGACGAGGCCGUAGCCCAUCAUGAAGCCGACGACGUCUGGGCCGGCGGCGGCGACGAGAUGGCCGGGCGCGCCGCGCGUCUGCGGGACGCCGCCGGGGCUAGCGAGGUGGCGCUGCCGUCCGCCCGGCAGGUCAUUCGAUUCUCGUGGGGCCAGGACGACUCGCCCGUGCACUCGGAGCCGGACUGGGGCUCGUCGGACCGCGUCUUCGUCAGUGUGCUGUUUGGGUCGGAGGAGGAGAUACGGGGCAUGUGCGAUUUCAGGCACGAGAAGUAUGGUGUUGUCUCUGAGAAUUGAGGCAUGGUCGCUCAUGCCAGGCUCGCGCCCUAAUCGUCCCCGUUGGUGAGAUCUGCAUGGCCGGCCGCUAAACUCGGGGUGCUGCCAUCCGAUGCCACGCAAGGCGGCCAUGGCUCUACGCAGUAUUUACACAGGCAAACGAAUUUUAGUCGACAAUUUCGGACCUUGCUCAGGCUGAUUCUCCAGUUUUCGGGCAACCGUGAUAUCACCACCUCGUGGGCCUGUCCCACUAUUCCCAAAAACGUAAUUUUGACGUCGAGCACAGGGAGCCUGCAUUGGAGCAACUAUAAAUGUGUACAUUGAAGCUAAGAGCGCAGUCUCCCCCAAUUUAUAGCUAUUAGCUUGUACAUUUACUCCGAAUAACUAUUAUUUUCUUUAAUAAGCG